GUACAUCCUUCUCUCUCUUUUUUCUUGGGACAGAAAGAAGAGAAAAAGAACGAAGAAAAGCAGAGAGAUGGCUCGCAGCAUCUCCUACCUAACUGGCUCUCAGCUGCUCUCUCUCAAACGCCGCCCUAAUAUUGCCAUCAUAGACGUCAGGGAUGACGAGAGAAGUUAUGACGGUCAUAUAGCUGGGUCUCUCCACUAUGCGAGCGACAUUUUCUCUGACAAGAUAUCCGAUCUUAUUCAGGAGGUGAAGGGGAAAGAUACCCUUGUUUUCCACUGCGCUCUCAGCCAGGUUCGUGGACCAACUUGCGCACGAAAGCUUGUUAAUCAUCUUGCGGAGAUCAAGGAAGAUGCUGGAAUAAAGAACAUUUUGGUUCUGGAACGUGGCUUCAACGGCUGGGAAGCUUCUGGUAGACCUGUUUGUCGCUGCACUGAUGUACCUUGUAAGGGCGCGAGUGCUAGUACUUAAUUAAUUGAAAGGAAUCCAUUAAUUGUCAUGUUGUGGCCAUCUACAUGCAAUUUCAGUUAUCAGAAUUCAUGGCAAUUUGACGUGUUGCCAAACUGCUAAUCCAGUUUCUACACUACUUUUUAUCCUUCUCUAUUUUGUGAAAUAUUCUGGAGAGCAACCCACGGAUUCUAUAAAGAAUGCAAAAACAAUCUGCCGUUAUAUACGGUUUACCUA